AUGGGAGGAAAUAUCUUUGAUGAUUACGAUUCCGAAUUUGAUUUACCAUCAAAUGGAGCUGCUGAUGAUCAUCGAACGUUUGUCUUGGUUGGAAGAAUUGGAAACGGCAAGAGUGCCACUGCCAACUCCAUAUUGGGGAGAAAAGCUUUCAUCUCAAGGUCUAGCUCAUCCGGUAUUACAAAAACUGCUGAACUACAACAAACCCAGUUUCCAGAUGGUCAAAUUAUUACUGUUAUUGAUACACCUGGACUAUUUGAUUGUUCCCUUGACCAUGAAUAUAUUGGAAGUGAAAUUGUCAAAUGCUUCCGAAUGGCUCCUACUGGUGUUCAUGCUAUCCUGAUGGUUUUUUCUUUAAGAACACGGUUCUCCAAGGAAGAAGAAUCUGCUAUUCUUAGUCUCAAGGAGUUUUUCGGAGAAAAGAUCCUUGACUACUUGAUUGUUGUAUUUACCGGUGGAGAUGACUUGGAUGAAGAUGAAGAAGAUAAUGAUGUGAAUUUUGAAAAUUAUCUCGGUCGUGAGUGCCCUGAAUCUCUUCAGGAAAUUCUUCGUCUCUGUAAGAAUCGAAAAGUUUUAUUUGAUAACAAGACAAAGGAUCAAGACAAGCAAACUCUGCAGAAAAAGAAUCUUUUUGCAAUGGUGGAAGAAGUCCUGAAUUCAAAUGGGGGUCAGCCUUAUACAGAUGAAAUAUUCCAGGAAAUAAAGAGAACGGCCAAGGAAUACCGUGAUGAGAUGGAGCGAAUCAAGUUGUUGGAUUUGGAAGAAGAAUCCAAAUCUGAGUUAACUCAGCUCAUGGAGGAGAGCCGUAAAACAUAUGAAGAGCAGUUUAAGGCCAUAACUGAGAUGAUUCAAGUCAAGUUGAAUGAGACAACUUUGAUGCUUCAACAAGAAUUGGCAAAAGAAAUGUUUGAACGGUUGAAAGCUGAGGAGGAUGCAAAAGAAUCGAAGAACAAAUUCAUCAAUGAAAUGGAUGGACUAAAGAAUGAACUGAACCAUGCAAAGAAUGAACUUGGAAAACCAAGAUGCACUAUCAUGUGA